AUGACGGAGAAAGAGCUUCUUUACGGUACAAUACUUGCUCGUAGCUUUGGCAAAAACGACCAGAAGAGACUUAGUUAUGGAGCUUUCAUUUCUUCUCUUUUCUUCGUCUUCACUCUUUGCACAGUCUUUAAACCUUAUCUCAGCUCUUUCCUAAUCGAUCAAAGUAAAACGGAGGAAACAAUGAAACCUAUAUGUAACAAGCUAGCAAGAAGAGAGUUCUGCGAAUUAACCGGCGACGUAAGAAUCCACGGUAAAUCCGCGACUGUUCUUGUAGCGAUCACGUCUGCGUUUUCGGGAAAUUCCACGUGGCGUAUGAGACCUUACGCGAGAAGAGAUGACGUUAGGGCGAUGAAUCACGUAAGGGAAUGGACGGUGAAAUUAACACGAAACGUGGAACAAUCAGAAAACGCUAGUUUAUGGCGUUGCGUUACGAAUCACAGCGUUCCCGCGAUGCUUUUCUCUCUUGGAGGCUACGCGAUGAACAAUUUCUCCGACAUUUUGAUUCCUCUGUACACGACCGCUCGUAGAUUCAACGGAGAGGUUCAGUUCCUCGUGACGAACAAGAAUCUACUGUGGAUCAACAAAUUUAAGGAAAUCUUGAAGAAUCUGUCGAGUUACGAACUGAUUUACAUGGACGAAGAAGAUGAAACUCACUGUUUCACCCGCGUCAUGGUCGGUCUCAAUCGCGAUCCUCAAGAGCUAGCUAUCGAUCCUUCGAACUCGGAGUAUUCCAUGUCCGAUUUCCGGAGAUUCCUAAGAGAUACAUACUCGUUGAAAAACGUCGUCGUGACAAGGAUAGAGCGGAGGAGACCGCGGAUUCUUGUUUUGUCUAGACGGAGGUCGCGUGCGUUCGUGAAUUCUGGCGAGAUCGCGAGAUUGGCGAGAGAGAUCGGAUUCAGAGUGGUGGUGGCUGAAGCGAAGACAGGCGUGGCGAGUUUCGUAGAAACAGUGAACUCAUGCGACGUGAUGGUCGGCGUGCAUGGCGCAGGGUUAACGAACAUGGUGUUUUUGCCGGAGAACGCGGUGGUGAUUCAGAUUGUUCCGAUGGGUGGAUUUGAGUGGCUGGCGAAGACGGAUUAUGAGGAACCGUCGAAAGGGAUGGAUCUGAGGUAUUUGGAGUACAAGAUCAAGGCGGAGGAGAGCACGCUGGUUAAGCAGUACGGUCGCGAUCACGAGAUCGUGAGAGAUCCGUCCGCGGUUGCGAAACGCGGCUGGAAAACGUUUAAAUCGGUUUAUUUGGUACAACAGAACGUUAGUAUUGAUGUAAACCGGUUCAAACCAGUUCUUGUCAAAGCUCUCCAUUUAUUGCAGCAAGUGAACAAAUUGCUUUUCGAAAGCUCCAAUUUCUGUAGCCUCGAGAUAGUCAACAAAGCCUUCCAUGACUCAAAUCGGUGGUUUAUGGCCCAAGAGAUUGAGCAACACAUUCAUGCAUCCCAACCUGAGGAGUUGAUAUCAACUCUUAAGCUAUGGCAACCUCCUCAAAAUUCUUGGAUAAAAUGUAAUAUCGGGUUUUCCUGGAAUAAAACUUCUCUUGAAUGUGGAGCAUCUUGGACGACUCGUCAUUCAUCAGGGGAGAUAUUACUUCAUGCCCGCAGGUCUUUUGCUUCUGUCCCGUCUAAACUUGAAGCCUCCUUAUUAGCCAUAAGCUGGGCAAUUGAGAGUAUUUCCUCUCUCGGCUAUAGACGAGUGAUUUUCGCUUCAACAGGGACGGAAUUGGUCAAUGCGAUCUCCAGGCCCAAAGCUUGGCCAUCCUUCUUGUUUCAUUCAACAAAGCUUCUUCAGAUGCUUCGUCCUGUGCCCAAUUGGAAGUUUGUUUCCGAAUCUAGGGAGGCAAAUUUGAUUGCUUUUAAGAUUGCACAUAGUGCAUCUCAUGGGAAUCGACAUCAAUCAUAUAUCGCUUUGGGUCCUCCCGCUUGGCUUCGAACCCUCAUGGACGCAGACAUUAGAAGGCUAGCUUCGGCUUGA